UAGAAAACCAAUCGGCUGAUCCCACUGACAUCACCAAAUGACUUUCGACCCAAACUGUCGGCGUUAAUUUAUCCCAUGGGGGAGAACCGUAUUCUACUACAUCGAUAUAUAUAUAUACACACACAAGCAGUCGCGAGUGGAAUUCACACAACAAUUAAGAGGACCGAAAGCAAAGAAAGGAGAAGAUGAUGAAGGCUCUCUCUCUUCUUUUGAGAAUGAUUUUUCCGCUAGCUCUUAUAGCCCUGGCUGGAUUGCUAUUUCAUGUUUACAACACUGUGUGGCUAAAGUCUGAAAGGAUCAGGAAGAAGCUGCGCGUACAAGGGAUCAAAGGGCCUUCACCUUCUUUUUUGUACGGGAGUCUGCCUGAGAUGCAGAAGAUCCAAUCCCAGGCGACGAAGUCGAAGCCCCCAAAUCAUGCUGAAAUUGUAGCCCACGACUACACUUCCACCCUCUUCCCAUAUUUUGAACAGUGGAGAAAAGAAUACGGUCUAGUAUAUACUUAUUCUACGGGGAUGAGGCAACACAUGUAUGUGAACCAGCCGGAGCUAGUAAAGGAAAUGAACCAGUGUACCACUUUGGACUUGGGCAAGCCUUCUUAUAUAACAAAGAGACUUGCACCAAUGCUCGGCAAUGGCAUUUUGAGGUCCAACGGCCUUAUUUGGGCACAACACAGGAAAAUUGUUGCACCUGAGUUCUUCAUGGACAAAGUGAAGGGCAUGGUGGGGUUAAUGCUCGAGUCAGCACAACCAUUGCUGACAAAAUGGGAAGAUUGCAUCGAAGCUCAAGGUGGUAUCACAGCAGACAUUCAAGUGGAUGAGGAUUUGAAGGGUGUCUCAGCAGACGUAAUCUCAAGGGCUUGUUUUGGGAGCUCUUAUUUCAAAGGCAAAGAAAUUUUCUUGAAGCUUAGAAGUCUUCAGAAAGCUAUUUCCCAGCAAGGCUUCCUUUUUGGGGUUACUAGUUUCGGCUUUCCUAGAAUGAGGAAGCAAAAGAAGAUCAGCAGUUUGGAGAGAGAGGUCGAGUCAUUGAUCUGGAAGGCAGUGAAAGAACGCGAACAACAAUGCUUAGAGACAUGUUCAUCCGAGAAGGAUUUAUUGCAGUUGAUACUGGAGGGGGCCAUCAAUGAUCAAAGUCUGGUGAAGGAUUCAUCCAAGCGUUUCAUAGUUGAUAAUUGCAAGAACAUAUACUUUGCCGGGCAUGAAACCACUGCUGUUGCGGCCUCCUGGUGUUUGAUGCUACUGGCCUUACAUCCAGAGUGGCAAGCUCGAAUAAGGAGGGAGGUCGCUCAAGUUUGCCCAAAUGGCCUGGCAGAUUUAAAUUCAGUCCUGCAGUUGAAGACGGUGACUAUUGUGAUUCAAGAAGUUUUGCGUCUAUAUCCACCAGCGGCCUUCGUUUCAAGAGAGGCACUUGAAGACACUCAACUUGGAAAUAUUGUUAUUCCCAAGGAUGUAUGCUUGUGGACUCUGAUCCCCACGCUGCACCGGGAUCACAAUAUUUGGGGGCCGGACGCGAAUGAGUUCAAACCAGAGAGAUUCAGCAACGGUGUCUCCAAGGCUUGCAAUUUUCCCCAAGCUUAUAUACCAUUUGGACUGGGUCCUCGCAUCUGCCUGGGCAAAAACUUUGCGAUAGUCCAAUUGAAGAUUGUGCUCUCUCUUAUUAUCUCCAAGUUUGCUUUCUCCCUAUCUCCCAGAUACCAACACUCUCCUGCUUACAGAAUGAUUGUAGAGCCUGGACACGGUGUACAUAUCCUCAUUAAAAGGAUUUGACUAGGGAUAAAAAGAGUCGAUGAUAUCUGCUAAACUCAUCAUCCGAGCUUAUAUUAUCAUCUCUUGCUUUUCUUCUUCCCUUCUAUCUAGUUUGAAUUCUUCACUAUGUAUGCUUGUUACACUACUUGAUCAGAGUGAAAGUGGGAAACUCGUUCUGUUUCUA